AUGCUUGCUUCUUUGCUUCUUGCUCGGACUCUGCUUGCCUUCGCCUCGGCUUGCUUGCGGCUGCUGUUUGGUGUUGCCAUUGUUACUGUUGCUGCUGCGGCUACUGCCAUCACCUCCAGUCAGUCCGCUCAGCUCGCAUCUCGCAUACUUACCGAGGAGUACAGCAGAAACAGAGACAUACAUGGCCGGGAACCAGGGACCUCAAAGAAACUCGAUCGGGUCACCGUUGAUCCUAGAUUACCUGCGAGUGCGGGCACAUCACGCCCUCUGCAGACGCUGCACUUGCUGCUGCAGCGCGUCCCCGUCACAAACCAAACCUCCACCAACAACAGCAAGAUGCCAAGAAACAACAACCUGGGCUCGAGGUACCUCGGCGUCCCGACAGCAGGCAAGUCGGCGAGCGUUGCAAGGCCAUUCGCGCGGGCUACCCGAAGUCCCGCUACAAAGCCUCAAGGUACCUGA